GAUGAAAAACUCUAUUCUAGUGUGUCAUUGUGCUUGAUCAAAGAAUUUCCUAUUUAUGACGGUCAAAGAUUACAAAGAUUACAAAAAUUACUUAGAGAAACUUCUUCAUGGAUCAUUGGAAUUGGAUUUCUUGGAUAA